UGAGAAUCACCGUUCUUGUCGGAGGUCUGUCUUCCGGAGGUUAUAUAAUAGCCUGACUCAAAAUACAGCUUGUAUUUCCUGGAGAAUUUAAAAACACACACUCUCUCACUCACUCUCAGGCUCAGCCCUUAACAACCGGCACCGCCAGCCCUCACAACCAGCAAAGUUUGCGGAGAGGAAGCAAUGAGCCGCGGGUCGUGGCUUCCUGCAGUGGGACUGCUGGCCGGGAUAUGCUGCCUGGCUCUGGGGCCCGUGCAGGGGGGGCGGGUGCUGGUCAUGCCCGUGGAUGGAAGCCACUGGCUCAGCAUGAAGAUACUGGUGGAGGAACUCAGUCACCGGGGCCACGAGGUCACGGUCCUGGUGCCUGAGAGUAGCCUUCUGAUCCAAGGCUCCAAAAGCUACAAGACUGAGAUCUACAAGGUUCCGUACACUCAGGCUGAACUGGACGCAAACUUCAACAAGAUCACAGACGGAGUGUUCGGAAAGCCGCCGGAGUUCACGGAUUUGUUCGAAAACGUGCAACGUCUGGUGAACUUUACUUCUCUCCAGGUGCUCGGCUGCGAGGGCUUGUUGGAUGACGAGCCUCUGAUGAGUCAACUGAGGGGGAAAGGCUUCGAUCUCGUGCUCACAGACCCCUUCCUUCCAUGCGGCUCCGUCCUGGCCAGGAUGUUUUCCAUUCCAGCUGUUUAUUUUCUCCGGGGGCUUCCAUGCAUGCUGGAUAUCAGGGCUAACCAGUGCCCCUCUCCUCUCUCUUACGUUCCUAUAGCCUUCUCUGGAAAUGACGACGACAUGAACUUCCCACAAAGAGUGAAGAACAUGUUCAUGUAUGUUUUGGAGUCAUAUCUGUGCAAAGUAAUGUAUCAACACUUUGAUGAUCUGGCCAGCAGACGUCUUGAAGAUGGCAUGACGUACAAAGAACUUAUAAGCCACGGGGCUAUCUGGCUGCUCAGAUAUGACUUUGUUUUUGAAUGGCCCAGACCUCUGAUGCCAAACAUGGUUUUGAUUGGUGGGAUCAACUGUGCAAAGAAAGCUCCUCUUCCAGCAGACUUAAAGGAAUUUGUGGAUGGCUCAGGAGAGAAUGGCUUUAUUGUCUUUACGCUGGGUUCAAUGGUGUCCACCAUGCCCGAGGAGACGGCUAACAAGUUUUUUGACGCUUUUCGGGAGAUUCCUCAAAGGGUUGUGUGGAGAUACACCGGUGUGUUACCUAAAGAUGCUCCCAGCAAUGUCAGAACAGUGAAGUGGUUACCCCAGAAUGACCUGUUAGCUCAUCCCAAAGCCAAAGUGUUCAUGACUCACGGAGGAACUCACGGCAUCUACGAAGGCAUCUGUAACGCCGUGCCCAUGUUGAUGAUUCCACUCUUCGGAGACCAGGGAGACAACGUACAUCGCAUGGUGGUCCGGGGUGUUGCAGAGCGGCUCAGCAUGUUUGAUCUAACACGUGAAACAUUGGUGGCUUCACUUAAUAAAAUCAUCCACGACAAAAGUUACAAAGAGCGGAUGAAUGAGCUGUCUGCGAUCCACCACGACCGGCCCGUUCCACCGGUGGAGCUGGCUACUUUCUGGACUGAGUUUGUCAUGAGACACAAAGGAGCUGCACAUCUCCGGGUGGCUGCACACGACCUGAGCUGGGUGCAGUACCACAGCAUAGAUGUAUUGGGCUUUUUUCUCAUCAUCCUCAUAACUGUUUUGUGGGUUACACUGAAAUGCUGCCUGUUUUGCACCCAUAAGUGUUGUGGAAAGAGACAUGCAAAGAAAAAAUCGGAGUAAGUUUAAAUGGGAUGCACCCUGUGCAUGUGUGAAUGUGAGUGUAGAAUAUUUUAGUAAUCGAGUAUUCUACUGAAAAUUCCAUCGAUGAAUCGAGUAAAUAUAAAUAUACAUACAGUAAGAUGUUAGAUGUUAAUUGACAUCACUAAAACUAAAUGAUAUAAUCCAGUAGGUUCAUGGCUGUGCAUUUAAAAACCCUGAACUUACACCAGUCGACCAAAUUCACUGCCUUCACUCAAAAAACUAAGGAUCUUACCGAGAAAUGUUCUUAUUUCUAACCUAAAAAUGCCAUUACACCUGAUAACACAUCACUUAAAAGGUUAGCUGUUUUUCCCACGUGUUUCAAUUGAACUUUCAUUUGUGAGAGAGGCAUCAUCUACUAACCAGCCGACGACCGUUCCCUUUAGGAACGUUUUCCCACUUUGACUGCACUUCUUUGGGAAUAACUUAGGAGAAUACAGUGCAGCCGUGAACAGCCUUCCCAUCAAUGAAAGAAGGAGUUAUGCAGCGUGGAUCCAGCCUUUGUUUUAAUCACCUCAGAUAACAGAAUCCCAAUCAAAAUCUCUCAAAUUUCAGGCAAGACUAACAUGAUUUGGAUGUAAUGGUUUUUACACGGAACCAUUUAAGACCUGGAAACAGGAAUUGUGACGUAGAAUUGUCAAAGUGGUUUAAUUCACCAUACGAAUUGUUACAGAUUACUUUUCUAAUACUGUAUUUGACCCGGUCUUUGUACGUUUUAACCGUAUAGAAACAUAAUUCUUGCCAUUGUAAGAAUGAGAUGAACCUGCUGGAUCUACUGCCCUUACUUUAUAACAACUUGUGCCUUUUUUUAUUUUACCUCUUUUCUUAUCAUUUGAUUUCAUUUUAUUUGUUAUUUACUGUUUAAUUGUGUCUUGCUGCUUUUAAUGUUGAUGUAAAGCACUUUGAAUGACCUUGUGUUGAAUUGUGCUGUACAAAUAAACUUGCCUUGCCUUUUGUGAGAUCCGGUGUUGUCCCUGACAUGUACAAGUAAAAAAUAAGAAUAAAACCCUAUGUACAUGAAUAUUAA